AUGGUUGGCUUUGCGCUGCUCUACCAUGACGAAAUGGGCGACGAACAGAAUCUCAUCGCGCUCUGCGAGAGUGGAGAGGUUGAUCCUAAGGCUUUGAUCAGCGCGGAUGAUUUGAACGAUAAGUCGAAAAGCGACGUAGUGGGCAAGAGUCUCGCUGCUUUCCAGAUCGGAUAUUUCCUGGUCGUCGUGCUUGAGCGAGUAGCGGCCGGUUUGACCAUCAGCCAGCUUGAAUUGGGCGUAUGUGGCUUCGUCGUAUGCUCAAUUGCGAUUUACGCAGCUUGGUUUCACAAGCCGAAAUCCGUGCAAACAGUCAUGGUACUCAAGCGGUACGAUGACCGCAUACCUGGUGAGGUGAUGAAAGUGAUCGAGGACACAAGCCACGCACCAGAUGACUGGUCGGGUACACGGGUUUCACCUGGGACCAGAAUCAGAAACCAUGCCGAUCACAUCGACUCUGCUGCUGGAUCAAUACAUCCCCUGUCUCUGGCCGCUAUCGCACUAAGGGGGGUACAUCUAGCAGGCUGGCGUUUCAGCUUUCCAUCUGUAAUCGAUCAAUGGAUUUGGCGCGGAACUUCCAUCACCUCCACUGCGGCCGUGCCCCUAGCAUUGACUGCCUCGUACUUUUUCCACAGGGGAAAAUAUCCUACGCUUCAUGUGAUCAGUGAUGUGAUAAUCCUGGUAUUUGGCAUAAUGUACGUAUUGUCCCGACUUGCCCUCAUGGUUGAGAUGUUCCGCGGCCUCUUCUACCUCCCACCAGAUGCGUUCAAAGCAACAAGCUGGGCCACGAGCAUCCCGCAUAUUGGAUAG